ACAUUGCAGCUCUAAAGCUUCCAAUUUUUGAAUCAAUAGCUUCUGAAGUUGUGAUUUUUUGUAGAAUUCGAAAACCAAGGUCUCGAUUUGAGAAGAUGGGUGGGUCAGGAAGUUGGAUUAGAUCACUAAUAUCUCACAGAAAACCAGUAAAUGAUCAGCAGGAGAAGUUAAGUGAGAAGAGCAGCAAGAAGAAAUGGAAGCUGUGGAGGAUUUCAUCGGAGAGCUUCACAUCUUCUUCUUUCAAGAGCCGAGGAAGCUAUGCAGCUUCUUCGUUUGGCUCAGAGCCACCGUCUUUCUCGGCUGAUGAGGCUUUUACUACGGCCAUGGCAGCUCUCAUUCGAGCUCCUCCAAAGGAUUUUUUGAUGGUUAAGCGAGAAUGGGCUUCAACAAGAAUCCAGGCUGCUUUUCGUGCUUUCCUUGCGAGACAGGCGUUUAGAGCUCUGAAGGCUGUAGUGAGAAUUCAGGCAAUUUUUCGUGGCAGACAAGUUAGGAAACAAGCUGCCGUUACACUCAGGUGUAUGCAAGCUCUUGUUCGUGUUCAGUCUCGUGUAAGAGCUCAUCGUAGAGCGCCUUCAGACUCUAUUGAGCUAAAAGAUCCUGUAAAGCAGACUGAGAAGGGUUGGUGUGGUAGCCCCAGAAGUAUAAAGGAAGUGAAAACAAAGUUACAGAUGAAGCAAGAAGGGGCUAUUAAGAGAGAGAGAGCUAUGGUUUAUGCCCUCACACAUCAGUCGAGGACGUGUCCAAGUCCAAGCGGAAGAACGAUUACGCAUCAUGGUUCUCGCAAGAGCAGUCCUGGUUGGAACUGGUAUGAAGAUGUUGGGACAUUUUCAAGGAAAAGUAGUGAGAGCAGUGUAAUAUCUGAAUAUGAAACUGUAAAAGUCAGGAAGAACAAUCUUUCUUCAACUAGAGUUCUUGCUAGACCUCCUCUUCUUCUUCCUCCGGUUUCGUCUGGCACGAGUUAUGAUUCUUUACACGAUGAGACAUCAACAUCAUCGACAUCUCAGUCACCAGUUGCAUUCUCCAGCAGUGUUCUUGAUGGUGGUGGGUACUAUCGAAAGCCGAGCUAUAUGAGCCUGACGCAAUCUACUCAAGCCAAGCAGAGACAAUCAGGAUUAUCUUGCAACGGAGAUGCAAGACGCAGUGCUGGUUCAGACCAGUGUACUGAUCUAUACCCACCGGGGAUAGUAACUGGAAGACAUGUCUGGGCCAAGAGCCAGAGAAGCUAAAAGAGCGAGCCAUGAUGAUUCUUGUCAAGCCAUUUUCAACAGCCUGUUGGUUUAUAUUUUGUCUUGUUUCAGGAACGGUUCCUGUGAAACAUAUACACGAACUAUAGAUACAGAAACAGCUUCUGUGUACCGUUUACAUAUAAGAAUAUUGAUGAGAGUUAUUUGAGCUUGUAAUUUGGCUACUUAGGCCACUUCUCUAUAACUUGGAAUCAGAGUCGAUAUUGUUUUGAGUUGUUUGUUAAACCUUCCAUAUGGAUGCUUUUGAAUAUUUCAAGAAAUAGAGGAAGACUUG